UGCCAAGCCAUCAGAUAAAUGGUGCAAAAUUACCAUCUAAUCGACAAGUUCUCACCGUUUUAUUUUACAAUAUUCGUGAAGUCAAGCUGACUGUUAGUGAAAGUGCGAAUCUUGUUAUAAGAGAGUGCAUUAUAUUUUGGGAAAAAGCCAGAAUUCCUACGAAGACAAUCCCUAACUGCGUGAAGAAACUUGUUGAUUUAUAUCAUGUUUGGAGGGAGCUGCAAAAAAACUGUAAGAAAACUCAGUUGACUUUCAAGAAUCGUGAAACUAACUUUGUAAAAGACCUUGAUAACUUAUUUGAUAUUGCACAUGCAGAUGCUUUUGACAGAAUGAAGAUAGAGGAAGACAAAGAUUUCUUAAGGAAACAGAGAGAGCCAGGUCGACCGGGAUGCUUAGGUGGAAUCGACAAAAAAUUGGCGGAGAAAGAAGAACGAGAUAGGUAAAGACGAUUGGAAGAACAGGAAAGAAAGGUAAAACAAAGAGAGUUAUUGGCUGUUGCAUCUACUUCUUCGAUAGAUAACUUGGAAUGUCUUGAGAAUUCGGAUGAGGAACAGAUUUCGAACUCUGAACUUAGUACUCAGAUUCCUUGCCCUGAAAACAGUUUUAAAAGAGGCACGAAAUUUCGUUAAAGCACAUAUUGCUAAGACAAACAUUACAUCUUUGUUAACUUUUUAUAAGACUGAACUGUUUGUUAGAGACGAUUACCGCGAAUUGGUUGAACUAUGCGUUGUGUUCUUAGGAGGAGACACAGUGUAUAAACUAAAACUCAGGCCCCCCGAGCUUUGCAUCAAGCGCGAUGGAUGGCGAGAGCAAUCUAUUCUAUAAAAAUAUGUUUGCUUCAAUUGCAACUUAAAAUUACUGCAAAGGACAAAAAUGCUCUACAAGAUGUUUGUUUAUUUAUCGUCACCUUGUAUACCAAACCUUGGCUCGAAUGUACAAUGGCAGUUAAAGCACCUAACCAAGACUUGUCCUUUUUGAAAGCUCUAAAAGAAUAUGAAAAAGUAGACGCGACAAUUUCCAAGGCAUCCAUAAGCAAGUUUAUUCGUCAUUUAUGGUAUUUGUGUGAAGAAACAGUCAUAUUAUCACUCUUUGAUGAAGAAGUUGAUACCAAAACCAAGACAAAAAUUAUUAAUAAUUUAAACAGAGACGAAAGUUCAGAUUCCUCUAAACGCUAUGUCCCAUCGAAGGAAGAAAUUACGCAAAAUUUGUUUGAUAUGACGCUGGAUGAUUUUGUAACUCAAAGAAGCAAACGAUUUCUAUCUCGACUACAGAUCGACGACAGUUUUCUUCGGGAAGACGUAUCUUCGUGGGGUGACAAUCCUGCUUUUUUGGAAGCUAGAAGACGAUUAAGUCGUUUGAAGGUCGUAAAUGACACUGCUGAAAGAGCUGUUAAAUUAAUGCAAGAUUAUAAUGGCUGAAGAAGAGCAAAAUCAGUUUUUGUUGCGUUGUGUUCAGGAACAUAGAAAUCUGUAUCCAGACUGUAAAAAAACUACACUAAAGAGAAGUUACCCUAAUUCAUUAUUAUUAUAAUUUGUAUUUAAAUAAAAGUUUGUAUUGAUAUUUUUUUAGUAUUACUCAUAUUUACUUUAUUUGUUGCAUUUUAAUUAGUUUUGGAUCAACCCAAAACGUCAGACCAAAACACCAUUUUUUAUUAAACUUUAGAGCCCGGUCGGCACAGGUUGCAAACAUGCUACAGAUAUGAAA